UACGUUGCUCCCUGCAUUGCCUUCACUGUCCUCUCUAGGCUUCAGCAAUGGCUUUAGCUGCUCUGAAAGAAGAACUGACCUGCUUCCUCUGUCCGAACAUGUAUACAGAUGAUUUAACACACCUGAAAUGUGGACACAGCUUCUGCCGGGAGUGUCUAGAGUACGUGUUAGAAACACAGUCUGCAUCUGCAAAUUUUAAAGGCUUUACUUGUCCUGAAUGCAGAGAAGAGUUGGAGAUGUUACCAAUGCCACAGAAGAAUGUAAGUCUACACAAAAUAGCAAAGCAUGUCCUCUCCGCCAAGCAGGAAAAGGCAGUCGUAGAGACCUUAUGCACUUACUGUAUUCACUCACAGGUACCAGCUAUUAGAUCCUGCCUCUUGUGUGAGGCUUCAUUGUGCAAUGACCACCUGAAGGUUCACAGCAAGUCUAAAGAGCACAUCCUCAUAGAGCCCAUGACUUCAACAGCAAACAGAAAAUGUUCAAUUCAUGAUAAUGCCCUCUUGUAUUACUGCACAGAGGACACCUCGUGUGUCUGCGUCUCCUGUAGCCUGGCUGGAGAACACAAGGGUCACCAUAUUGAAUCAUUGAACGAAGCCUCCGAGAGGAUUAAAGAAAGUCUGAGGGAUCUUCUGAGAAAUCUAACCUUAAAGAGACAGGAGACCAAAAGAGGUCUCCAGACGUUGCAAAAUGUAAAGACAGAUAUGAUGGAAAAAGCAGUUCGCAUAAAGGAUAUGAUCACCACCCUAUUUAGCGAUAUCAGAAGACAAUUAGAUUUAUUACAGAGUAAAGUAUUUUGUGAGCUGUCCAGUGAAGAGGAGCGAGUGUCGCUCUCAAUCUCUGACCUGAUUAAGCAGCUGGAAACUGAGAAGGACAAAAUGUCUGUGGAGAUUAAUCAAAUUGAGGAGAUGUGUAAUAUGACAGACCCGUUAGCUCUACUGCAAGCUGGAAAAUCUAGUUUCCCUGGAAUGGACAAAAAGAUUCUAAACGAGGAAAGAAAUGUCCUCCAUUCUAUAAAUGGCUUGGAUGAAGGUCUGAUUGCAGCUACCUUCUACAAAGGUUUAGCAGAUAUUGUGACUGGGAUAAAGAGGAAAUCCUAUGUCGCAGCAGACUUGGACAUUUUAUUGGAUGUAAAUACAGCGGCCAACUCUUUAGAUAUUUCCGCAGACUUAAGACUUUCAUCUUGUUCAGUAAACUGGAACAAUUACACAAAGACACCCCAGAGGUUUCAAUCUCAUCAAGUUUUAAGCACCAGGAGCUUUUGUACAGGACAACAUUAUUGGGAAGUAGAAACAGCAAGAACUGGAGCCUUUAGGUUAGGGGUGGUUUAUGCAACCAUAGACAGACAGGGAGGACCAUCGUUCAUUGGAAAUAAUGAUAAGUCUUGGGGUUUGCGUAGGUGUAAAAAUAAGUAUUCAUUUCGUUAUGACCAAGUAAAAGUUAAGAUACCUCACAAGCCCUCCAGUCAGACUCUAGCAAUAUUUCUGGAUUAUGAGGCAGGACAGCUGUCUUUUUAUGAGCUGAGUGACCCCAUUAGACACCUCUACACCGUAAAAACCACCUUCACAGAACCAGUUCACCCUGCAUUUUUCAUAUGCAAUAACUGCUGGAUAAGAAUUAUUACUUAGAUGUAGACAAAU